AUGGAUAUUGACAUAGAACAUUCAGAUAAAGAAUGUGAUGAGGUAGGAAUUGAUGAGGAGAUUGAUUGUGAUGAAACUAUUGAAGAACCUAUAGUAGGAAUGAGCUUUUCAUCUGUAGAAGAAGUUCGGUCUUACUAUAUGAAAUAUGGUAAGCAAAAGGGUUUUGGAGUGUGUAAAAGGAAUUCUAGACAAGAUGACGAUGGGAAUGUCAGAUGGAUUUGCUUGGCAUGUGCACGAGGAGGCACAUCAAAGAGUAAGGCUGCCAAUGUUAUGAAACCAAGACAGACAGAGAAGAUAGGGUUUAUGGCUAGGAUUAACGCGAGGCUAAAUGAUGAAAGUGGAUAUACCCUAUCUAAAGUGAUCUUGGAUCACACACACGUUUGUAGUCCGGGAAAGGCAAGGCAUUUUAGAUGCUUUAAGAAAGUUGAUGCUCGUGUGGCUAAGAGGUUUGAAAUAAAUGACGAGGCAGGAAUAAGGUUGUCCAAAAAUUUCAAGGCUGUGGUUGUUGAGGCGGGGGGGUACGAGAAUGUGCCAUUCGGGGAGAAUGAGUGUCGAAACUACAUCGACAAAGCUAGACAACUUCGCCUCGGGGUUGGAGGUUCUACAGCUCUAUGUAACUAUUUCGAUGAUAUGCAAAAAAGAAAUCCAAAGUUUUAUUAUAAGAUAGACGUUGACAAUGAGAUGCGGUUAAAGAAUGUGUUUUGGGCAGAUGCCUGA